AUGUCAAAACGUUCUUCACAAGAUGCUACUGCUCUACAAAGUGGUAGUUUAAGUGACACUACCCAUUGUGGUUCCGCGGUCGCAAAAACUACCUCAAAAAGAGGUGUCUUUUUCCGUAAAAGUACCCCCUCUUCUCAUGCAAAAGAUGGGUAUCCUCAUGCAAAAGAUGGGUGUUCUCAUGCAAAAGAUGGGUAUCCUCAUUCAAAAGAUGGGUAUCCUCAAACAAAAGAUGGGUAUCCUCAAACAAAAGAUGCAUAUCCUAACACAAAAGAUGGGUAUUCUCACACAAAAGAUGCAUAUUCUCACACAAAAGAUGCGUAUCCUCACACAAAAGAUGGGUAUUCCCAUACAAAAGAUGGGUAUUCUCACACAAAAGAUGCGUAUUCUCACACAAAAGAUGGGUAUUCUCAUACAAAAGAUGGGUAUUCUCAUACAAAAGAUGGGUAUUCUCUCACAAAAGAUGGGUAUUCUCUCACAAAAGAUGGGUAUUCUCACACAAAAGAUGGAUGCUCGGAACGUUUGACUGGUAACAUAAAUCAAGCUGAAUCUAUUUCAUUAAAUGGGUUGCAAUUCGAUUCUACAAAAUCUUCUUUUUCAUCUUCAACAAAUUCAUAUUCUCCAAUCAUAUCCACUAGCAACGCAGCAGUGCAGACUUCCAUAA